AUGGUCCAGGUCAAGCAGAAGGUCGCCCUCAUCUGCAUUGACGGAUGGGGUAUUCCGUCUGAGAAGAGUCCUCCCGAAGGCAAUGCUAUCCUCAAUGCCGAGACACCAUGGAUGGACGAAUUCGCAAAGAAGGACAGCAAAUACGCACAAGGCUACACCGAGCUCGAUGCCUCUUCUCUCGCAGUCGGUCUCCCAGAGGGGCUCAUGGGCAACUCUGAAGUCGGCCACUUGAACAUUGGUGCUGGACGUGUGGUAUGGCAGGAUGUGGUCCGAAUCGACCAAACCAUCAAGAAGGGCGAGAUGAACAAGGUGGAGAACGUGGUCAAGAGCUUCAAGAGGGCGAAGGAGGGCAACGGACGUCUACACUUGUGCGGUCUGGUCAGUGAUGGAGGUGUGCACUCGCACAUCAACCACCUGAAGUCGCUGCUCAAGGUCGCCAAGGAGAUUGGCGUGCCAGAGGUCUACAUUCACUUCUUCGGUGAUGGUCGUGAUACCGACCCAAAGAGCGGCAAAGGCCAUCUUGAAGAUCUUUUGGCGUUUACGAAAGAGCAGGGAAUCGGCAAGCUUGCUACCAUCGUAGGUCGAUACUAUGUCAUGGACCGCGACAAGCGCUGGGAUCGUGUGGAGAUUGGCAUGAAAGGAAUGGUCACUGGUGAGGGCGAGGAGACAGAUGAUCCAGUCGCGACCUUCCAGAAGCGCUAUGAUGCUGGGGAGCACGAUGAGUUCCUGAAGCCAAUCAUCGUAAACGGCAAGCACGCUCGCGUCAAGGACAAUGACACGCUCUUCUUCUUCAACUACCGAUCCGAUCGUGUAAGAGAAGUGACUCAGCUGCUCGGAGACCAGGAUCGCUCGCCAAAGCCAGACUUCCCAUACCCCAAGAACAUCCAGAUCACGACCAUGACGCGCUACAAGACCGACUUCAACUUGCCAGUCGCGUUUGCGCCCCAAGUCAUGGACAACGUCUUGGCUGACUGGUUGAGCCAAAAGGGUUGCAAGCAAAGCCACAUCGCCGAGACGGAGAAAUAUGCGCACGUCACUUUCUUCUUCAAUGGUGGUGUCGAGGUACAGUUCGAUGGCGAGGAUCGCGAGCUCAUCGACUCUCCGAAGAGUGUGGCUACAUAUGACCAAGCACCCAAGAUGAGCGCCAUGGGUGUGGCUGAGCGCAUGGCUGAGCGAAUUGCUGAUGGCAAGUAUGAGUUUGUCAUGAACAACUUUGCUCCUCCCGACAUGGUUGGCCACACUGGUGUCUAUGAUGCGGCGGUACAGGGUGUCGCCGAGACCGACAAGGCAAUCGGGGUCGUGUACGAAGCCUGCAAGAAGCACGGCUACACACUCUUCGUCACCUCCGACCACGGCAAUGCGGAGGAGAUGUUGACAGAUGAGAAGACACCCAAGACUUCACACACUACGAAUCGGGUACCUUUCGUGAUGGCCAACGCUCCUGAGGGUACAAGCUUGAAGAAGGACAUCGGUGUGCUGGGCGAUGUCGCGCCGACCCUGCUUGAUUUGAUGGGCAUCGAGCAGCCUAAGGAGAUGAGCGGGCACAGUCUGCUUACCAGGAAGUGACGUAUAUCGAGUUACUGCGGAUGGAUCGACCGGGAAUACGAAGCAUAGAGGAGAGUGGUACAGUAUAGAUACCAAUGAUUGAUGAUAAGAAUGCUGUUGC